GCGAGAGGUUGGGGGCAGACGACGGAGGCUGUGCGGCGCCGCGGGCGGGAUGGAGGCGGCGGCCGAGCCUGGAAACCUGGCAGGUGUCCGGCACAUCAUCCUUGUCCUCUCAGGAAAGGGGGGGGUCGGGAAAAGCACCAUCUCCACGGAGCUGGCCUUGGCCCUGCGCCAUGCAGGCAAGAAGGUGGGGAUCCUCGACGUGGACCUGUGUGGCCCCAGCAUCCCCCGCAUGCUUCGGGCACAGGGCAGGGCCGUGCACCAGUGUGACAGUGGCUGGGUCCCCGUCUUUGUGGACCAGGAGCAGAGCAUCUCCCUCAUGUCCGUGGGCUUCCUGCUGGAGAGCCCGGAUGAGGCUGUGGUGUGGAGGGGCCCUAAGAAGAACGCGCUGAUAAAGCAGUUCGUGGCUGACGUGGCCUGGGGACAGCUGGACUAUCUGGUUGUGGACACCCCACCAGGGACCUCUGACGAGCACAUGGCCGCCGUGGAGGCGCUGCGCCCCUACAGCCCGCUGGGGGCCCUCGUGGUCACCACGCCCCAGGCAGUGUCCGUGGGGGACGUGAGGCGGGAGCUGACCUUCUGUAGGAAGACAGGGCUGCAGGUGGUCGGGGUCGUGGAGAACAUGAGUGGUUUCGUCUGCCCACACUGCGCAGAAUGCACCAACGUCUUCUCCCGGGGAGGCGGGGAGGCGCUGGCCAGACUCGCCGGAGUCCCCUUCCUGGGCUCUGUGCCUCUGGACCCUGAGCUCACGAGGAGCCUGGAGGAAGGUCAAGACUUCAUCAGGGACUUCCCUAAGAGUCCUGCCUUCCCCGCACUCUCCUCCAUAGCCCAGAAGGUUAUGAGCGAGGCGCCUGCUCGGCUCUCCUAACCAAGGCGGCCCCCCUCUCACGUCUCCCGGCACCGUGCACACAGGCCUAAGCAGAGGCUGUGGCCGUGCGGGCGUCACCCUGCCCCCGGAGCCACGCCGACAGUGGGUGGUUCUGCCCGGUGGACCGGUGGCAGGUCCCAGGGGAAGGUGUGGGGUCCUGGCAGCUGAACUCUCAGGUGACAGCACGUCCGCUCUUCCUGUCACGGUGCUCACAUGCCCCCGACCCACGGCCGGGCUGUGGCUGGCAGCCCAGGCUCCACGCGGGGCACGAAGCCUGCGCGUCUGUAAAAUCCCUGGGGCGUCCGCCGUCCUCAGGGCCACCCUGAGUGAUGCUGGUGACAGCGGGGAGCAUCUUGUGAAGUGUCAGACUUGUUAACUUCAGAGGAACCCACAAUUAAAUGUUCCCCUGCCGCA